UUUCUCUGCUGCUGGAUGGUGCGGUACAGGAGCGCAGCGCAUGCAGGACGGCACCGGGUUCUUCCCUUCUGUCUGAUGGAGACAGGCUGAGGAGGGACAAGGUCCGGUCCGGCAGAGACCACCUCGAGGAUCCUCGCGGGGAAGGAGUGCGUUCCCGCUGCUGGAAACGCCGUGAGGAGCAGCCACGGAACAGGGGAACGAGAGUGACGACAGUAGAGAUCCUCCAUCCUCUGAAGGUCUCCUGCCUCUCUUCCAGACCGUGUCUCAGAGAUUGUGCUUAACAUACAUGCUCCCAAGAGUGUGUAGCUUGUAGAGUCAAGAGGAGUGUUUAGUGUGUGUGUGUGUGUGUGUGUGUGUGUGUGUGUGUGUGUGUGUGUGUGUGUACUUGAAGCUCAGACAUGGGCUCAGUGGGAGCAGAGCGCCGCAGGCCAACGCCACAGAUUCCAGAGGAGAGGGAUGUGUGGAGGGAUGGAGGAAGAGCUGGAUGGAGGGAUGGAGGAAGGGAGGGCUGGAGAGAGGGGAGAGAGGGAAGAGAGAGCGGCGUGGUGCAGAGCUACAGCUUUGACUCGUACCAGCUAGAGGAGGAGGAGAUCAGUAAAGAUGCCCCCGAGCGAGGAGUGCUGGCUCUGUCCGAGCCCGGUAAGGGGGUUUCUGUUGUCUAUCUCUGUGUGUGUCUGUUUUACUUCACUGAUGUGGACUACCUACACCACAAGUUUGAAGGGACAUCCAUAGUGUUCGACAUGAGCCUGACGUACAUCCUGGUGGCUCUGCUGGCCGUCAUCCUCAACAACGUGCUGGUAGAGAGACUCAGCAUGCACACCCGAAUCACUGUGGGUUACAUCUUCGCUCUCGGACCGCUGGUCUUUGUCAGUGUGUUUGAUGUGUGGCUGGCCAAGUUCACCACCAGGCAGGCUUAUAUUAUCAACCUCGUGUCAGUGGGAGUGGUAGCCUUUGGAUGUACAGUGCAGCAGUCUAGUUUCUAUGGUUACAUGGGAAUGCUGCCCAAGAGGUACACACAGGGGGUGAUGACCGGAGAGAGUACAGCUGGUGUGAUCAUCUCCCUGUCGCGGAUCUUCACCAAGCUACUGAUCCCCGACGAGAGGAGGAACACGCUCAUCUUCUUCCUCGUCUCCAUCAGCAUGGAGAUGCUCUGCUUCCUGCUUCACCUGCUGGUCCGCCGCUCCCAGUUUGUCCGCUACUACACCAGCCACUCCCAGGGCAAAGGCCCGGCCAGAGGCCACGACCCGCGGGACAACGGGACCGGGUACAGAGUGCACCAUGAUGUCAUCGCAGAGGAAGGAAACGGCGGGACAGCAGCACCGAUCACAACAGAGGAAGGCGUUGAGGACUUUGAGGGUGGGACGUAUGUGCGGUUCGACGCCCCGAAAGCCAAGAUAAGGAGGAGCUGGCCUGGUGUCCGCGACAUGAUCUUGCAUCGUUAUGUGGUGUCCCGUGUGAUCUGGGCCUACAUGCUGUCUAUAGCAGUGACCUACAGCAUCACCCUGUGUCUGUUCCCCGGGCUGGAGUCAGAGAUUCGAAACCCCACCUUAGGAGAGUGGCUCCCCAUUCUCAUCAUGGCCACCUUCAACAUGUCGGACUUUGUUGGCAAGAUUCUGGCAGCGCUGCCGUACGACUGGUCCGGAGGCCGCCUGCUCUUCUUUUCCUGCCUGAGAGUGGUCUUCAUCCCUCUGUUCGUCAUGUGUGUGUACCCGGCCAGCGCACCCACCCUGUCCCAUCCUGCCUGGCCCUGUCUCUUCUCCCUCCUUAUGGGAGUCACCAACGGCUACUUCGGGUCUGUGCCGAUGAUCCAGGCUGCGGGCAAAGUGCCGCCCGAACAGAGGGAGCUGGCAGGGAACACCAUGACGGUGUCCUAUAUGACAGGCUUGAUGGUGGGCUCCGUCGUGGCGUACGCGGCUUACAGCUUCGCAGCUCCGCCGUGCGUCACCUAUCUCACGCCUGUCAACACCACUGCGUUUUGAAUGUCCACGCACUUAAUUAAACAAACCCAUAUAAACACACAGACAUGUACACACACCUGCAGCCAUUUACACGUGCGAGAUCCUGGCAAGAAGAAGCAACGCUGACUGAUGGACUCGAGUCCAGCAGCAGAGGCCAAGAAGUCAUCUGUAAUGAACCCUUUAAAGGUGAUUGAUUCUCUUUUGUCCAGAUUAAGCUUCGAUUUGGCUCACUGGAUAAAGGAAGAGGAAUAAGAUACAACAAAAAAUAUGAUAAACCAUAAAAAUGCAGCAGAUUUCUCCACUCUCUAAUUCACCAGUCACCUUCAAAUGUCACGGCUCUGCUGUGAUGAACUUUUCCCUGGAGGUGAAGAACGGGAGCUGUGUGUCUGUCAGAGAGCCAACAGAAGCCCUUUGAGUGUCUCACAGUGAAAUUAUUGUCUGCAUGUGUGUGCGAACAGACCGGCUGGCAUUUGUACAGUGUAUAAUCAAGUGGUUUUUCACUGCAGGGAACCAACGGCUAGCAGUAUUUGGGGAGACCUUGUGUCAAGGGUCACAUAUGUGACAUUUCACGAUUGUUAGUAUUCGAGCAGAAACGAGGUGUCAGUGUGGGCUUUUCUGGACCAGUUGUUCCGAAUGUUUCCUCAUUAUGAUCUCUGAAAACCUCUGACUACACCAUUCAAAAACAACAACCAGAGCAACUUAAAGGGGGCCACAUUUAAGUCACAGUGAAACAGAAGCCCCUGAUAUGACAUAUCUGUGAGUAUAAUGGAAUAUGUGAAAUUAUGACACAGAUUUAAAUGAUUGGAAAUGCAAACAAUAUUUUUUGCAGACUGAAAUCCAGUCUCCCCAAAUCCAAAAUCCCAUCUGAUUGGAUAAGUUUAAGUAAAGGGGAUUUAAUAUAAAAAAACUCCAAAAAGAUUUUUGACAUGUAUUUAGCAUAGAAUAAGUGAUAACUGAAAAGUUAACACGGCAAACACAAAAUAAGAACUUGGAAAAUGUUUUUAUAUUUUAUUUGACUGUAAAUUACAGUUUUCUAUUAGUGACAUUCAAGAUACUGUCAAAAAAUCCAUCCUUUUUGUAGACAACUGGACUUUAUCUUGAUUGGCUUCCCUCAACAAAAUUGUCCUGAUUGCCACUCCAUCUCGUCUGUCUCCAUUCAGCUGCUUUUUUGAAUCUGAAUUGGAAAGUUGUAUUUAUUUUCAUACAUUACUCUUAUCCGCCUUAUAUGAUCUGAAAAGAGAAACAAGUAAUGCUGAACGUUUAUGGAGUGAUCAUGAUUAUGGGGAUUAGCAGCUGCUGCUCUGUGUUAUUUUUAUUUACAAUAAUGCUAAAAGAAGAUGAGAGUAAGCUGAUUUCUGGCUGUUCAGUGACAUUGACUACACUUCUUGCACCCUCUGAUGGCUGGAAAGAGAACAAAAAGUUGGUAUGAAUUUACCAGAUGAGGUCACGUGAUGAUAGCUGUGUCUUGCAGUUGUGUUUAAAAAAAAAAAAGGUCUGCGUCCCCUCUGUGUCCCUCUGAACGGUGUCUGUGGGUAACAUCCAUGUAAUGAUGGGGGAUGUUAUAGGGAGACAAAUACGUGCCAAAAAAAGUCUGCCUGUUUCUCAUCUGUGUUCGUAACUCAGAAAAGAGUGAAUGUAAUUAAAGUUGUAAAUAUAUAGAAUGAAAUGCACUCAAGGCAGUGACGAGUUCUUAUUUUAUUCAUGUAAAAGCCUAUAGAAAAUAUCAGAUUCAUAUUUUUUGUAGCUUUUUUUUUAGUAGAAUCGAUCCAGAGAGCCCCCGUUUCCUUUUAUUUUUUCAGCCUCUCCAGCUUCUUAGCUCCUCGACGUUUCCUGUAGGAUUUGGUGAAUUUUUCAAGAGGUUCUCCUGGCAUUGCAGAGUUCAGACUUAUACAUUAUAAAGAAAACAGGCUGCUGUGUAGAAAGUGCACUACAUUAUGAAGGUGACAGCUUGAAUGGAGCCUAACGUUGGCGCUGUUUGACGAAGGGUAGGUGCCAUUUGGGAGCUAACCUCAUUACUGUAUGUAUGUCCCACUGUGCUGACGGUGCCACAUUGCCUGAGGCCUCUCUCCUCUCUGAGCUGCUGGGUUUAAAGGUGUUUUAAGCUAUUUUUGGUCAGAUGUAUCAUUAAAGGACAUGAAAAGUC